AUGGCCUUCGAUGCGGCAGUCGCAUCCGUCACCCUCACGGGUAGUAUUCUCUCUUUUCUAGCAACACUAGGCGUCUUGAUUUCUUUCGUUUUCUACCAUGAUCAGCAACGUUCCUUUCGCCAUGCCCUCGUUCUGAACCUGACGUUGGCCGGCAUCAUCUACAUCAAGGACAAAGAACUGCACCCGGGUGCCGCGUGCGUCCUGAACGGCAUGAUCGGCCAGCUCUCCGUACAGGCCUCCGACUUCUCUAUUCUGGCUAUUGCGGUCGUCACGUUCCUUACGAUUACACGGAAAACCUACAUGCCAAAUACUUCAACCUCCAGAAAAAUCAUGAUUUGCCUUUCCGUUUGGGUUGUCCCCAUCAUCACCAGCACCACAGCGACAGUGAUGGGCACCAUGGAGCCUGUCAGCGGAAACUGGUGUUGGAUAUCACGAGACCGAUCCGAUCUUCGAUACGCGCUCACUCACGGCUGGCGCUUCGGCAUAAUCUUCACCACCAUUCUCAUUUAUCUCUACGUCUGGUGGUAUCUCGGACGACACUUCCGUUCCAUGGUCAGCACCUCCGACCCAUUGUACAACAGCGGCGACUCCAACGGCGACGUCAUCACAUCAUCCAUACGCAAGAAGCAGGGAUUCGAGGUCAUCCAAGCACCAGAGCUGGAAUUGGACCAGUUCGAACGACCGAAACCGACCUGGAGCGAACCACAGAAGAAAUUACCGAAUCCGCAACACGACAAGGAGACGGCCCUCGGGUUCCACGCUCAUGAACUCGGCCCGGCCAGGGACUCGAGCUCGGACGAAGAGGACGACGUGGAAGCAAGAGCACAAAGCAACAGACUAUCGGAGUCCAGGGGGCCGCACCUCGUCGAAGAUCCCCUGGCCGAAGAACCGAGGCGGAAGAUGUCUGCGAGGAUCUCCCGCUUCGACGACCACGACCUGGACAUGACCCAAGCGUCCGAGGCAAGGUUCUCGUACCUGGAACAGGAGGACAAACUGCAUCAGAGCGCGGCGGGAGGACCAUCACAUCUCCAGCGCGACAUGCCGCCUCCAGCGGCAAAGAGACUCUCACGCAUCGCCAUGGACUCCUUCGCUUUCGGCUCCGGCAGCAAGCGGGGCAACAGAAGCCGCAGCUCAACCCUGGAGUGGCAUCUGCCGCCUUCCCGGCAGCUUCAGUCGAGGGACUUCCCCUUGAACCCGAGCCUCCACAACAUCCCGACCAAGCAGGCGCCGCAGAACGUCACCGCGACCAUGAUGAGCGACUUCCCCAUCCGCCAGCAGACGCGGAAAGUCGAGCGCGAGAUCAAGCGCAUGAUGCUCCUCAACGCCUACCCCGUCAUGUACGUGGUGCUCUGGAUCCCCGGCCUCGUCAACAGACUUAUGGAGGCGUCGGGGAACACCUCGCAAAGCAGGGUCUUGUCGGCGCUGCAGAGUUCGAGCCAGUACAUCGGCCUCGCGAACGCAAUCACCUACGGCUUCAACCAGCACGUGCGGCACAGGAUAAAGGGCGACGUGUUCGGAUGGCUACGUCGAAGAUGA